GAGUCGUACGAUAAAGGGAGUAGUCAUCCCGAAGACGAGRKCCAAUCGCACAUCGAUGAAGAAGAUACAGAAUGUCACACAAAGAAAAUAUCUGAAGAACCCGACAGCCUUAWCGAACAUAAUAAUGAAUUGAAUGACAGCGAGCUUUCUGAAGAACGGGGKGGGUCAGAAGAUGAGGAUCAAGAGUGUACGCCUGAAGCUGAGACUGUACAGCACCAAUCUUUAUCGACUUCUGUAAAUGGAACACAUGAGUGUGUAAUGAAUGGUGUGCAUGAAGAACAAGUGUCUCAAACGGUCUGUAGAGAAUCAGAAGACGAAGGAGAAGGUGAGAAAAACGAGGCUGAAGUGCACGAGGACGAAGCAGAGGGAUCKAUACACGAAGAAACRAGUGACCAUAAAGAAAAUUCUGAAACAACAGACCAGAMAAUCGAAAUUACAAACGAAACCACUAAAACAGAUGAAUAUUCACAUGGUCCACGACUGGAGUCCUUGCACUCUCUCUCAGCKAAUGUUGGCUCKUUGGAACACGAUGACUCAGAUACAGACGUUGUGUGUUCACAAGAUGCAACCAACGAUGAAAGUGCAGAAGGAUUAUCAAACGAAUUUGAGAAGAGUCAAACCGAGGUAAAUGACGAURAUGUAGAUAAUGAAGAAGAAGAYCACGCAGAAGAUGAGSAUCACCAAGAUAAUGACGAGACAAAAGAASACAACGACAUUGACGAAACAGAAGAAGAAACUGAACAAGCUGAACAUGAAUUGAUUGAUCAGGCUGCGGACACUGAAGAUAACGAAACUGAUGCUGAAAGAGUCGAAGACACUGCAGAAGACGCUGAUCAACAAGAUCUAAACGGUGCCGUUGACACUGAAGACGUCGCUGAAGACAAAGUCGUUUAUCAGGAAGAUGAAAAUGAAAUUAAUCAGAAUGAAAAAGAUACCGAACAGGCUGAUCAUGUUGAAAAUGAAGACGAAGUAACUACUUCAGAUGCAGAAGAAGCAGAAGAAGACAUCGAAUGUCCGACAGAAGCUAUGGUGAAAUGCUCUGACGAGCCAGGAGCAACAAAUGCAACUGAAAAAGAUGUUGAAAAUAAAGAGAACACUGAUUCAGAUAAUGAUUUCAUAAAGAACAACGACGAUGUUUCGAUGGCACCAGAUGAUAUUCUAAAAAGAGAAGUUGGAACACAAGUAAAUGUUUUAGCCGAUAAAAGACCUGAAAAUGCAGAACAACAGAUAGAUACAGAAGAAACAAGUACUGCGAAAGAUGAAAUGGAGGAUCAAAUUUCAGRAAAUGCAAUAGAAACAAAUGACAAUAUAGAAACUGUUGAACAAAUAAAGGUGGAAGGUACCGAGGAAAUAAUUGAAGUUGAAAAGGUCGAAAAAGAAGAGCAGGCAGACAAAAAUACCGACAACGAAGUUAAUCAAACAGAAGAUGAAACAAACGAGCCACAUGAAAAAGAACAGGAGCCAAUAAUAGAUCACGAACAAGACAAUGACGCAGAAGUUACACUAAAUGCGACAGAAGACGAGGACAGCGUAAAACACGAGGAAGUUGAAACGGAAGUUGAAAGGAACGAGGCACCGGAACAAGAACUAGAGCCAGCACUAGAUCGCGAAGAAAAGAAUGACGAAGAACUAACAAUAAAUGCGACAGACAAGGACAGCGUAAAACAAGAAGAAAAUGUGGCAGAUGAUGUAGAUAAAGUAGAAAAAGAAGUUUCCUCCGAAGAAAGCAAUACACAAGAGGAAACACAAGAGGACAUAAAUAAUGUGGAAGGCGAAGGUCAUGAUGAGAAAGAAUCAGAAGCGAAAUUACAGGAAAAUCAGCAGAGUACAGAGAUAGAAAUGGGAGAUAUUAAAGAGGAAGAGCAGGAACAAAAUAGAGAAGAGGAGGAAGAAGACAAAGAAAAGCGAACUGAACACGAGGAUCAAGAACACAUAGUAGGUGAAGUUUGUACAGAGCAAGAAGUGACAGAAGAGUUACAAGCAGAACAAGUGGAAAACGAGCCUAAAACAGAAGAACACGAUGAUGCUCCUGAAGCACAAAAGGAAGACCAGGAAAACAAUGAAGAAGACCACGACGAAGAAAAGGAAGAAAUUGAGGAUAAGGUUGAAGAGGUCGAACAUACAACACAGGAAAUAACCGAGCAAGCGCAGCCUGAAUUAGAAUCCAACAUUGAUGACGAUGAUGCUGUCCAAGAGGAAAAACUACAAAUAGAAAAGAAGGAAGACACCAGUGAAGAGCAGUCGCAAGUGGAGCAAGAUGAUACCUUUGAGAAAGACAGCGAGGAAAAGAAUGAGAGUGAAGCAUUCGAGGAGGAAGAACAGGAUGACGCUGACCAAGGCACUGCUGAUCAAGUAUYAGAAGAUACUCARGAGGGAGGAGAAGUGCAGGCAGRCGAUAACGAGCAGAAACAAGAGGACAGAGAAGAUGARGMGUCAGCRGACAGUGKCGACCAGGUGUUACAAGAAGAUGAAAGUCCGGUUCAAAAACGCGAAUUUGAUGAAGAAACUGGAGAUGACAACGAGUUAGAGAAUAAAAUCGAAARCACGAAUGARGACGAGGAAACUUUACAAGAAAGYGAACAAAUGGCAGACGAGGAUGAAGAAGAAUCRCAACAGCCUAGCAUUGUUCGAGAAGAGUCAUCUAAGGUAAAAGAGCUUGGAAAGAAAUUUCAAGGUGCAACAAAAGACGUCACAUCCUCAUGCUCAAAAGAAAGCCAAGCCGAAAAGAGUCCUGUUAGUGUACGUCGAUACAAGGAGAUAUUCGAACAUGGAGAACUUUUGCUUAGUCCGGCCGCAUAUGCUGCAGCUCCUGAUGGCGAAGUCACCAGUCCGCGUCCAGGAAUAGUAAAAAGCAUGUGCGACCUCUUCGAAAAUCCUAAAAAUUUCGA